AUGGCCACCAGGGUGAAUCUCACGCCAGCUCAGAAACAUUCGUCGUCUUCCGGAAACAACCAUCAUUAUGCCUUGAAGCAGGUCAUAGGAAAGGGAGCAUAUGGAAUUGUGUACAGAGCAGUCAACAGACAAACUGCCAAACAGGUGGCUAUCAAAGUGAUCGAGUACGACGAAGAAGAAGAGCUCAACGAACACAUGCUAGAAAUCGAUCUGCUGAAAAAUUUGAAGCAUGAAAACAUCGUCAAGUACCACGGAUUUAUCCAAAAAUCACAUCAAUUGUUCAUUUUGCUCGAAUACUGCAGCCAGGGGUCUCUACGAGACCUGAUCAAAAGAGGACCCGUCGACGAAAACGACUGCAGAGCGUAUAUCAAACAAACGCUACGCGGACUGCGAUAUUUGCAUGACCAAGGCGUCAUCCACAGAGACAUAAAAGCAGCAAAUCUGCUGCUGGACGAUCACAAUGUAGUCAAACUUGCCGAUUUUGGCGUUUCAACGAGGGUCAACACCCUUGCAAUGACUUAUGCGGGAUCUCCGAACUGGAUGGCACCAGAGGUCAUGAUGGGCCAAGGUGCAACCACGGUCAGUGACAUUUGGUCCCUGGGGUCUACCGUCGUUGAGAUUUUAACGGGAAACCCACCCUUUCACAACCUUGUCAACGAGGCGGCAUGCUACGCUAUAGUUCAUGAUGUUUACCUGCCGCCGAAAUCCCUGUCUUCGAUCUGUCGUAAGUUUAUUCGCGCUUGUUUCCAAAAAAAUGUUUUUCAAAGGCCUACAGCGCAAGACCUAUUAAACCAUCAAUGGAUGAACGAGCCUCAUAUGCCCUCCUUGGAAAAAUUCAGAGAAGGCGAGGAAUCCUCGGAAGACUGGCGCCACGACUUUAUUGAGGUUGAAGUUUCUCCCUUCAAAGAGAAUGACGUUGCCGACCCUCAGCAAAACCUAAAUCGCUUACGACAACCAGGAGGGCACUUCAAUCCAUAUUUGAUAUUCAAUGAGUGUGACAUUUACAGCAUUGCAUCGUGUCUGAUAGAACUGUGCCGACGUGGAGAGCUUAAAAACGUAGAAGAAAUGUUCUCGUAUGAUGCGCAGUAUAGAGGCGGUGAAUGUAAAAAUAUGUUCAACACACUUGGGGGCAUACCGGCGCUCUUGCAAAAUAUAGGACCGGCGGAAACAGUAUUGGGUCGCUUUUUUAUAACGGACGUGAAAGAGCUCAUUAAGUGCGGCAUACUACCGCAUUGUGGACUUAUCAAGCAUGUGCAUUUAAUGCUAGCUAUAAUAUCGACCUAUGGUGCGAUCGUUGAUUUUGAAACCUGGAGUAAAUGGUGUCGUAGCUUACCUAACAUUGAAGAUACUAUCAUAAAAGGACUUGAGGCAAACGAUAAAUUGGCACACGAUACAUUACUAAGUUUGUCUACUUCUCCAUUCUUUAAUACGUGUGAGAAUCUGAUACUGAGACUAAUAGCAUUGCCUUUGAAAACAGACUACCGAUUAACCUACACAAUUUUCAAAAGUCUAAACAGCUUUCUCGAGAGAAAAGGCACCGAAAGCAUUGCGACAGAUUAUACGGAUACCGGAUCCUCAGCAGAGGAUUUCCAAAUGCUACCUUUGAAUUCACAAUUCGCAAAUGUAGCCAUUUACUCCGAGAGGCAAACUUUGCCAGAAGGGUUUAUCGACUGGCUUCUCAAAUACACGCCAACCGCGCUAGAUGAUCAACAUGUUGUGAAAAAUUUCAUUGAACUUUGCUUUAACGCGGGGCACCUAGACCGUGUUGCGCUUGGUGAAAUCGUGGAGCAUGGUGGCUUCUUACAAUUAACUCAUAAACUUCUCCAGGAAUUUUCCGGAGAGUCUCGCACGCGUUAUACCAAGUCCAUGCUUUCAAUAGCUCUCAACCUCUGUGUGGAAUUAGCACAGGAGGUGAAUCUGAGUAAGUUAGCGGUUACCGUUGAUGUCGCUUUAGGGUAUCUCAAUAUUCCCGAAUUUAUCACAGGUGGCACUGAAAUUUUGAUGCAUUGUUUUCUGUUUGCAAUACACGAGAAUUGUGCAAUAACUGAAGACACUAUGAAUGUGCUUAUUCAAUACCAGGAGAAAACGAUCAGAGUGCCACGCGUCGCUCUUUUACGGACUUUCUACUCAGAAGAGCCUAAAUUUGGAAACUACAUCACGAAAUUCACAAGAUUGUGCUCUUUGCCUCCGUGCAGGUCUCUAGCAUUUGACAUUGUUUCGAACCCGCAUUUUAUGAAAAAGACAAAAGCGCUUUUCGACGUUUAUCGCAGCAGUCUCAUCAUUCAAAUUGAUUUCUUGAAAUUCUUGAAGCUUAUACUCACGCGCUACACCGAGUUUGCACCUAGGUCAGUGAGGAAGGACAUACCGACAGACGUUUUAAUGUCCACUGCAAUAAAGCAACCCAUCCAGCUCACUGGUUCUCAAGUGCUGUCCGAUGUGAUCCAAUUCCUGUCGUCAAAUUGGAGACCCGAUAAAUUGCGGCCAAAUCAAGUUGGCGCGGAUUCAGUGCUGAUAAAACAACUUUGCCACGAUAUCGAACUGCUAGAGAAUACCAAGCCACUGGCCACCAUCAGAAGACUUGACAAGAACGGGUUUGCCAUUCCUGCACCAGUGUCGAGCUAA